AUGAGGCCGCUCCUUGUGCUUGCUCUGCUUUUUGUGAUUGCCGGUGCGGCGCAUGGCGCGGGGGAGUGCGGGAGAGCCUCCGCUGACAGGGUGGCGCUAAGGCUGGCGCCAUGCAUCUCGGCCGCCGACGACCCGCAGUCGACGCCGACGAGCAGCUGCUGCUCGGCCGUGCACGCCAUCGGGAAGAGCCCCAGCUGCCUCUGCGCCGUCAUGCUGUCCGGCACCGCCAGGGCUGCCGGGAUCAAGCCGGAGGUCGCCAUUACCAUCCCCAAGCGCUGCAACAUGGCCGAUCGCCCCGUCGGCUACAAGUGCGGAGAUUACACGCUGCCCUGA